AUGAGUAUGAAUUUAGAACGAAGCAAGCACUUAAAUUAUUUGAAUAAAUUAGGCCAGGGCCAGGAUGAAUUAGACUUUUGGUUGAAAGAACAUUUACAUGUUAGUGCUAUUUAUUGGAGCUGCAUGAGCUAUUGGACCUUGAACAAGAAAGAAGAAUUACAAAAAGAGCAAAUUGUUUCGUUCCUGCUAUCAUGUCUUACAGAGUCAGGAGGAUUCGCCUGCUAUCCUGGUCAUGAUGAUCAUAUUACCAAUACUGUUUAUGCAGUUCAGGUUUUGUUGAUGCUGGAUUCCUUAGAUAGAAUCGAUCGGGAUAAAGUAGCUUCUUAUAUUAUCAACCUACAGAAUGAAGACGGGUCGAUGAAAGGUGACCGAUGGGGUGAAACUGAUGCUCGUUUUCUGUACGCCGGCAUAAAUUGUUUGGCGCUUUUGGGUCGAUUAGAUAUGUUAAAUAAAUCAGCCGCAAUUGAUUGGAUUCUUAAAUGCCGUAACUUUGAUGGCGGAUUCGGUUUAUGCCCUGGAGCUGAAACGCAUGCUGCUUAUGUUUUUACUUGUGUAGCCUCUCUUGCUAUACUAAAGCAAUUAGAUAGUAUUGAUCAAGAUUUACUGGGCUGGUGGCUCAGUGAGCGACAAACCAAAAACGGCGGACUGAAUGGCCGUCCUGAAAAGCUCCCAGAUAGUUGUUAUGGAUGGUGGGUACUAUCCCCAUUGGCAAUCAUCGAAAAAUUGGAAUGGAUAGACAGGAAUGGCUUGAUAAGCUUCACACUAAGCGCACAAGACCAAGAGACCGGUGGCUUUUCUGAUCGUAGAGAAGACAUUCCGGAUGUCUAUCACACAUGCUUUUCCCUAACGGCUCUGUCCUUGCUACGAUACCCAGACUUGGAACCUAUAGAUGCACGAUUUUGCCUACCGCUAGAAGUAACGAAGAAAUAUAACCUCUGA